AUGUCUACAGGCAACCUUCCUGGCUACACUUUUCAGUCACAAGAAGAAUUUCUCUCCAACCUCAACCACUACGAGAUAGCCUUCCCCAUCCAGGUGGAUCAGAAUGGUGACUUCCUCAGUUUUGACAUAAAAAGCCAUCGGAAAUGGAGGUCCCGCCGGAGUGCAGGCCACCCCUCCUAUGACAUGCCUGAACAGCAUGUCUUCUACAAGGUCUCUGCCCACCGGACCCAGUUCCUCCUCAACUUGACGUUGCAUACCCACUUGCUGGCAAGGCGCUUCCGGGUGGAGUAUUGGAAAAGAGGUGGAGUAGACUAUCAACAUGAGUUCCAUGAAGACUGCCACUAUGCUGGUCAUUUACAAGAUGAGUAUCUGAACUCAAAAGUUGCUAUCAGUAAUUGUAACGGUCUGCAUGGUGUGAUAAUUGCAGAAGAUGAUGAAUAUUUUAUUGAACCCCUGACCCUUGGGGUCAAUAUCAGUGGGGAACAAGGAGGAGAAGGAAGCCCGCACGUGAUCUACAAACGGUCAUCCCUCCAGCACCCACAUAUGGAUACAGCUUGUGGUGUGUUAGAUGAGAAGCCGUGGAAAGGUAGACCCUGGUGGUUGCGACUGAAACCCUCCCCUUUGAAGACCCUGGGCAACUUUUCUCAAAGGGGGCAACUGCCUCUGAAGAGGUCAGUCAGCACUGAGCGUUAUGUGGAGACUCUUGUGGUGGCUGAUAAGAUGAUGGUGGGCUACCACGGCCGGCGAGACAUAGAAGAGUACAUCCUGGCUAUCAUGAAUAUUGUUGCUAAACUUUUCCAAGACUCAAGUUUGGGCAAUAUCGUGAACAUUCUCGUAACCCGCCUUAUCCUGCUGACAGAGGACCAGCCCACCCUGGAAAUCAACCAUCAUGCUGGGAAGUCCCUUGACAGCUUUUGCAAGUGGCAGAAGGCUAUUGUGAGCCUCAGCGGUGAUGGGAACGCCAUUCCUGACAACGGCAUCGCGAACCAUGACACCGCGGUUUUGAUUACCAGAUACGAUAUUUGCAUUUACAAAAACAAACCCUGUGGAACUUUAGGAUUGGCCCCCGUGGGUGGCAUGUGUGAACGCGAAAGGAGCUGCAGCAUCAAUGAAGACCUUGGCUUGGCCACAGCUUUCACCAUUGCUCACGAGAUAGGCCACACGUUUGGCAUGAACCAUGAUGGUGUUGGAAAUAGCUGUGGAUCCCGGGGACGGGAGACAGCUAAACUCAUGGCAGCUCAUAUUACCAUGAAGACCAACCCCUUUGUCUGGUCAGCAUGCAGUAGAGAUUAUAUAACCAGCUUCCUGGACUCUGGAAUGGGACUCUGCCUGAAUAAUGCGCCACCCAAGCAGGACUUCAUCUACCCCACUGUGGCUCCAGGACAAGCCUACGAUGCAGACGAGCAGUGCCGGCUUCAGUACGGAACAAAAUCUCGCCAGUGUAAAUAUGGGGAAGUUUGCAAUGAGCUGUGGUGUCUUAGCAAGACCAACCGGUGUAUCACCAACAGUAUUCCAGCUGCAGAAGGGACGAUAUGCCAGACUAACACCAUUGAAAAGGGGUGGUGCUACAAGCGGGAAUGCGUACCUUUUGGCAUGCGGCCAGAAGGGGUGGAUGGAGCAUGGGGCACCUGGUCAGCCUGGGGAGAGUGCAGCCGGACCUGCGGGGGAGGUGUUUCCUCAUCCAUUCGCUAUUGCGACAGUCCAAGGCCAACCAUUGGAGGAAGGUAUUGUCUAGGGGAACGAAAGCGCUACCGGUCGUGUAACAUUGAUGAUUGUCCUCCUGGGUCAAAAGACUUCAGAGAGCUUCAAUGUGCUGAAUUUGAUCACAUCCCCUUUCGGGGCAAAUAUUAUACCUGGAAGACGUACCGAGGGGGUGGUGUCAAGUCCUGCUCACUCAACUGUUUGGCAGAAGGUUUUAACUUCUACACGGAGAGGGCUGCAGCUGUGAUCGAUGGAACGCCUUGCCGCCAGGACUCCCACGACAUCUGCGUCAGCGGAGAAUGCAAGCAUGUGGGCUGUGACCGCGUCUUAGGCUCAGAUACUAAAGAGGACAAAUGCCGGGUCUGUGGAGGAGAUGGAACCACCUGUGAAACUAUUGAAGGGAUCUUCAACCAUUCACUGCCUGAUGGAGGCUAUGAGGAGGUGAUACUGAUUCCCAAAGGAUCUGUCCACAUUGAUAUCCGGGAACUUAAUCAUUCUCUGAAUUAUCUUGCUCUGAGAGGAGAAAACGAUGAGUAUUUUGUCAACGGGAAACUUUCGAUCGACCCUCCUCGGCGCUUUGACAUUGCUGGAACCACGUUCCACUACGGGCGCUCCCAGGAUGAACCAGAGUCACUCGAGGCCCUGGGCCCAACUAACAUCACCCUGAUUGUUAUGGUUCUUGUGCGAGAAGAACUGCAGAGGAUCCGAUACAAGUUCAACGCACCCAUCGUCCGCAAUUCCAUGGCCCAAUAUUUAUGGCAGUAUGUCUCAUGGACAACGUGUUCUGCGAUUUGUGCUGGAGGCAGUCAAGUUCAACCUGUUGUAUGCAGGAAUCAAGCUGACAGCUCCACGGUGCUUAAUCAUUUCUGCAACCCUGAAACCAAGCUACCAGAGAAGCCGCGGUCAUGUAACACUGAGCCGUGCCCGCCAACUUGGAUGAUCGGGAACUGGUCCGAAUGCAGUCGCAGCUGCAAUCAGGGAGUGCGGACCCGAAGCGUGAUCUGUCAGCGCAAAAUCUCCACCACAGAGGAGAAAACUCUGGAUGAUUCCUCUUGCAACCUGCCACGGCCUCAUGUGCUGGAACCCUGUAAUAAUCACACAUGUCCUCCAGAAUGGGUAGCCCUGGAUUGGUCUGAGUGCACGCCGAAUUGUGGACCUGGUUUCCGUCAUCGCAUUGUCCUUUGCAAAAGUGGUGACCAUCGUGCCACACUGUCUACCUCCCAGUGUCCUGAGAGCUCUAGACCCCCAAACACCAUAAGGUGUAGUCUUCGGCGCUGUCCACCCCCGCGGUGGGUCACUGGUGAAUGGGGAGAGUGUUCUGGGCAGUGCAGUUUUGGCCAGCAAAGGCGUUCUGUCCAGUGCGUGACCUACACAGGACAACCAUCCAGUGAAUGUGUGGAAGCCCUGAAGCCCUCAGCCAUGCAACAGUGUGAAAGCAAGUGUGAUUCUGGACUGACAGAAAACUCUGAAGAAUGCAAAGAUGUCAACAAGGUUGCCUAUUGCCCUUUGGUGCUGAAAGCUAAGUUCUGUAGUCGGUCAUACUUCCGACAGAUGUGUUGCAAAACCUGCCAGGGCCAUUAA